AUGAGGCCAACCAACGGCAAGACGGCGAAACUGCCCCUCGUGCCCCUGGCCAAGGAUACGGUGCUGCUUCCAGGCGUCACUCUGCGCAUCUCCCUGAAGAACCGACCCGAUAUCGCCAAUCUCCUUACGUCUCUCGUGAAUCGAGGCAAGCGAGACAACAGUCCCAUUUCCAUCGCCUGCGUUCCACUUGCUUCGCCGCACUUGAGUAAGGACGGUUUGCAGCUUAUAGACAACGGCUCGGAUUCCGAGAACCAGGAAGAGGAGGGUGUCGAUGCAGGACAGGCCCGUAAAGACGAUCUUUUCAAGCAUGGCACGCUUGCAAAGAUUGUUGGAGUCCAGCGUCGUGUCUAUUCGGAACCAUAUCUCCUUGUCGAGGGUAUGAAACGACUUUCAGUUGUCAGGGUCCUUAAGGAGCGACCGUUCUUUGAAGCCGAGGUGACGCUACACGAUGAAGUCGCUCCCAGCUCCAAGGAUGCCGAAUCGCUUGAACUCUUCCAGCACCUGAAACAACUCUCCCGCGAACUUCUAACGCUGUUAAGGCUCGCGUCUCUUUUUCCUUCGAAUUCCUCGAAUUUAUCCCCUACGGUUGCUCGUAGAUUUGAGCUGUUUAUUUCUCGACGGGAAUUUCCACAGGCAGGGAAUCUGGCCGACUUCAUGGCCGAUAUUGUUGAGACAAGUCUCGAAGAGAAGUUGCGUGUCUUAGCAGCGUUCGAUAUCAAAGAUAGACUCGAACGAGUCAUCGAGCUGCUUAAUAGACAAGUUCAAGGAAUUAAGAGCAACGUUAAAAUAACAUCCAUCACUACAACAAACAUUCCACCAAAUUCAGCUUUUGACAUUACACAAUUAGACCCAAGAUUGGCACAACGUGCCAUGACUGGCCUCAACGGAUUCUCUCCCAAUGGCUCAGGAGGUGGAAAAGAUGAUGAGAAGGAACCGAACGAGGUCGACGAACUUGAACAACACCUUGAAGAGGCGCAACUGAGCCCGGAAGCUCGCAAAGUGGCCGACCGGGAACUGAAACGACUACGCAAAAUGAACCCCGUCAAUGCAGAAUACGGAGUUUGCCGGUCAUACCUAGAGAAUUUAGCUGAGAUUCCCUGGACGAAAACAACAGAAGAUCGACUAGGAAGCGAUACUUUACAACGAGCUAGAAGACAGCUGGACAACGAUCACUAUGGAUUAGAAAAGAUAAAGAAACGCUUACUUGAAUAUCUUGCCGUUCUGAAAUUGAAACAGACCGUCAAUAUCGAUGUUGACCGCCAAAUUUCCGAAGUAUCGGACCAGCUUAGUGCAUCGGACAAAGACUCGGACGGUAACGAUUCCCUCUCUCAACCUGAAAAAGAGGGCUUGGAGACCAAACUUCAAAUUUUGAAAACAAAGCGCACUGUUGAUAAAUCGCCUAUCUUACUAUUGGUUGGGCCACCAGGCACGGGUAAAACCAGCUUGGCCAAGUCGGUGGCGACGUCUCUUGGGCGCAAAUUCCAUCGAAUAUCCCUCGGUGGCGUACGAGACGAAGCCGAAAUUCGAGGCCAUCGCCGGACUUAUGUUGCGGCAAUGCCUGGCCUCAUCGUCAAUGGCCUGAAGAAGGUUGGCGUUGCAAACCCUGUUUUUCUCCUUGAUGAGAUCGAUAAAGUUGGCGGGUCUAAUUUCCAUGGAGAUCCAUCGGCUGCCAUGCUUGAAGUUUUGGAUCCGGAACAGAACCAUAGCUUCUCCGACCACUAUAUCAACAUUCCUAUCGACUUGAGCAAGGUCCUCUUCAUUGCUACAGCCAAUUCAUUGGAUACUAUUCCGGCUCCCUUGCUUGACCGUAUGGAGACGAUUACACUUGCCGGCUAUACUACUGUAGAAAAACGACAUAUUGCCAGGCAGCAUCUCCUUCCAAAGCAGAUUCGAACCAACGGUUUGUCUGAUAACGAAGUGUCCUUGUCAGACGAAGUCCUUGACAAGAUCAUCACCGCGUAUACCCGCGAGUCUGGCGUCCGGAAUUUGGAACGUGAAAUAGGCUCGGUCUGUCGCUACAAGGCUGUGCAGUAUGCCAACGCGACGGAAACGAAUCAAAUGGAGUCUUAUGUUCCGAAUGUGUCCAUUAACGAUCUUGAGGAAAUCCUUGGAAUAGAACGCUUUGACGAGGAAAUUGCCGAGACGACUUCUCGACCAGGUAUCGUAACCGGUCUCGUGGCGUACUCUACCGGUGGUCAAGGCAGUAUUCUCUUCAUCGAGGUGGCAGACAUGCCUGGUAAUGGCCGUGUUCAGCUCACCGGAAAACUAGGAGACGUCCUCAAGGAGUCUGUUGAGGUCGCACUAACCUGGGUAAAGGCUCAUUCAUUUGAUUUGGGUAUCUCGCAUGAUCCCAACGAGGAUAUCAUGAAAAAUCGGAGUCUUCAUGUCCAUUGCCCAUCUGGCGCUAUUCCCAAGGAUGGACCAUCUGCUGGUCUGGCACAUACUAUUGCACUGAUUUCUCUCUUUUCGGGCAAACCAGUGCCGCCCCAAAUUGCAAUGACCGGUGAAAUAUCUCUUCGCGGUCGAGUGAUGCCGGUUGGUGGUAUUAAGGAGAAACUCAUCGGUGCUUUACGUGCGGGUGUGAAAAUAGUCUUAUUGCCAUAUGCCAAUCGCAAGGACGUCAAAGACGUACCACAGGAGGUCAAGGACGGUCUUGAAAUAAUCUACGUAAAGCACAUUUGGGAGGCCCUUCGUGUUGUUUGGCCGCAGACUCAUUUCCCCGGACAGCAGCAUCUUAAUAUGUUCGAGAGCCAUCUAUAG